CGCAGUACCACUUUGUUUAUUAGCAUCUCAAACCUCUCUUUGUUCUUGCUGUUACUUAAUUUUCAACCGCUCUCUUACCUCGAGUAACUCCUUUCUAGCCUCCACAAUUGCGUACCUCUGCCCCUCCUCCCACCAUGCUUCAGGUACCCGUGCGAGAAUAUAACAGCGUGGCCUCGGGUGUGAGCACGAAGGCUAUAAUCCUGGUUGGUGGUCCCUCCAGAGGAACCCGCUUCAGGCCCCUGUCUCUCGAUGUCCCUAAGCCGCUUUUCGAAGUCGCCGGCCACCCGAUUAUCCACCACUGCCUCAAGGCCCUUGCGAAAGUUCCCGAGCUUCAUGAAGUUAUACUUAUUGGCUACUACGAUGAGACUGUCUUCCGCGACUUCAUCAAGGACUCCGCGAAGGAGUUUCCUCAGUUCCGAAUUUCAUAUCUUCGAGAAUACACAGCGCUAGGAACUGCUGGCGGUCUAUACCAUUUCCGCGACCCUAUCCUCAAGGGCAAGCCGGAGCGCAUCUUCGUGCUGAAUGCGGAUGUCUGCUGCUCAUUCCCGCUUGGCGAGAUGCUAAGACUGUUUGAGGAGAAGGAUGCUGAGGCUGUCAUUUUGGGAACACGAGUCCACAACGACGCAGCUACGAAUUUUGGCUGUAUCGUGUCGGACUCACACACUAAGCGAGUUCUUCACUACGUCGAGAAGCCGGAAUCACAUAUCUCUAACCUCAUCAACUGCGGAGUAUAUCUAUUCGCGACAGAAUGCAUCUUCCCCUCCAUUCGUAGCACGAUCAAACGACGAACAACUCGCCCUCGCCUGCUCUCCUAUCCUUCUUCUGACAACCUGGAAGCGUCAUUUGUCGCCGACGAUGAUUCAGAACGAACCGAGGUCCUGCGUCUCGAGCAGGAUAUCCUCUCCGACCUCGCUGACAGCAACCGUUUCUUUGUUCACGAGACGAAAGAUUUCUGGCGUCAGAUCAAGACCGCUGGAUCCGCCGUUCCGGCCAAUGCUCUCUACCUCCAGAAAGCAUUCCAGGCACAGUCUGAGGAGCUCGCUGCUCCUUCCGCUACCAUCGUUCCUCCCGUCUACAUCCAUCCCACCGCAAGUGUAGAUCCAACGGCAAAGCUCGGUCCUAACGUAUCAAUUGGGCCUCGCGCUAUCGUGGGUGCUGGCGCGCGUGUCAAGGACUCAAUUGUUCUGGAAGAUGCGGAAAUUAAGCACGAUGCAUGCGUCAUGCAUUCGAUAAUUGGCUGGAGCAGCCGAGUCGGCGCCUGGGCUCGUGUGGAGGGGACACCAAUCCCCAUGGGAAGUCACUCCACUAGCAUCAUCAAGAAUGGUGUCAAGGUGCAGAGCAUUACGAUCCUUGGAAAGGAGUGCGGCGUGGGUGACGAAGUACGGGUGCAGAACUGUGUCUGUUUGCCGUAUAAGGAGCUCAAGCGGGAUGUUGCCAACGAGGUCAUCAUGUAAGGCAUUUAGCGUAUUCACUUUCGAUUAUAUUAUAUUAAAUUAAUACUACCGAUCUUCUGAU